AUGUCCCGUCGCGCCGAUUCUCUGUGUCUAGAUGAGUAUCUCAGCAGGUGUGCUGUCCCCGUUUUCCUGUCUGUCUCAAUCAUCGUAUUUUUAUUCUUUUAGUGAACUCAAAAAGCGAACACACAUUCUCGAAUGCGCGUGGAAUCAGGAGCACGACGACGAGGAGGAAGAAGAAGAAGUAGUGGGAGAGGAGAACGAAUCCCAGGAGACCGAUUCCACAACCACCCACGACAUUUACGGAGAAAUCCGCAACCGAGCGCCGAAUGAGUUUGAGAAAAUCGGAAGAUUCACGACGAUGUCAGUCUACCUGGCGUGGUUCACGCUGUUCGUUUUUGCGCACAUUCGUGAGUACAUCACGCGAUUUGGCUUUGUGAAGGAUCUGUCCAGCAAAGAGAACAAGAAGAUGAAGGUGAUCUUUCUCUUCAUUUUUCUUUUCGUAUUUACCUAGAAUAGUAUCACAAAGUACGCUCGCUUAUCAGUAGUAUCUUUCGCCGCCAAUCACCUCAUCAUUCGAUCUCUCAUUUUUCCAGGACUUCGUGCCGUUGUUCAGCGACUUUGAGGCAUUUUAUCAACGCAACUGCUACAUCAAAGUGCGUGACGUCUUCGAGCGGCCCAUCUGCAGUGUGCCCGGUGCCACGGUGGAUCUGGUUGAUCGAGUGUCUCACGAUGGAAACUGGACCUACGAGUAUCCGGGCACCCAGUCCAACGUCAUCAACGUCGGCUCCUACAACUAUCUGGGAUUCGCGCAGGCGGCCGGCCCGUGCGCAGAGCAGUCUGCGGACAGCGUCGACCGAUUCGGACUCUCGUGCUGCACCACCGUUCACGAGAGAGGGAGAAGUGUGUCGCAGGCGAAGCUAGAGAAGCUCGUCGCCGAGUUCUUGGGAGUGGAGGAUGCCAUCUGCUUCAGUAUGGGAUUCGCGACCAACUCGAUGAACGCGCCGUGUCUUGUGGACAAACACUCUUUGAUCAUUUCUGACAAGUACAAUCACGCGUCGCUCAUUCUCGGAUGCAGACUGUCUGGCGCUUCCACCAAAGUUUUCGAGCACAAUGGUGAGCGUAGCGUUUAAAAGCUUCCAAACAAUUUGUUUCCUUUUCAGACAUGGAAUCCCUGGAGCGAAUCCUUCGCGAUGCGAUCGCCUACGGAAAUCCGAAAACGCAUCGUCCGUACAAGAAGAUUCUGAUCAUUGUGGAGGGAAUCUACUCGAUGGAAGGAUCCAUCUGCAACCUUCCCGGUAUCAUUGCUCUCAAAAAGAAGUACAACGCCUACUUGUACCUCGAUGAAGCGCAUUCGAUCGGCGCGAUGGGCAAGACCGGAAAGGGAGUCGUCGAGUACUGGGGAUGCGAUCCGCGAGACGUCGACAUUCUAAUGGGAACCUUCACGAAAUCGUUCGGAUCCGCCGGAGGAUACAUUGCCGGCUCGAAACGAACUGUCGAUCAUCUGCGCGUCGCCAGCCCCACCGGAUACUACUCGGCGCCAAUGUCGCCGCCGAUCACCCAACAGAUCUACACUUCCAUGUCCAUCAUCAUGGGACGCGAUGGGACGAACGAUGGGGCGCAGAGAAUCGAAAGACUCGCCCGCAACUCGCAUUACUUCCGGCUCCGUCUCAAACAGAUGGGCUUCCUCGUAUAUGGAAGCAACGAUUCGCCGGUCGUGCCGAUGCUCAUCUACUUCCCGACCAUGUGCGGAUUCUACGGACGCGAGAUGCUCGCCAAAAAGAUCGGAUGCGUCGUCGUCUCGUUCCCGGCCACCCACAUGACAGAAGGACGUGUACGCUUCUGCAUCUCUGCUGCACACACCAAAGAGCAACUUGAUGAGGUACACAUCUAGAAGCAAAAAGUAGAGAAGUAUAUUAUUUUGCAGGUUCUGGAUGCCGUCGACGAGUUGGGAACAAAGAGUCGCAGCAAGUUCUCGCGACGAUCGCAUUUGUACAAAAACCGAAAGAUUGAGUGGUGA